CGGGCGUGGCGGGGCGCGCAGGCGCGGUGCGGGGCGCGGGCGGCGCGGGCGGCGGGCGGGCGCUCCCCUCGCUGGCAGCGCUCGCUAAGAUGGCGGAUUUCCUGCCGUCCCGCUCCGCGCUGUCCGGCUGCUUCCCCGGCUGCCUCCUCACCAGCGGCGAGGCCGAGCAGCAGCGCAAGUCCAAGGAGAUCGACAAGUGCCUCAACCGCGAGAAGACCUACGUGAAGCGCCUCGUCAAGAUCCUGCUGCUGGGCGCGGGCGAGAGCGGCAAGUCCACCUUCCUGAAGCAGAUGCGGAUCAUCCACGGGCAGGACUGGGACCGCGCGGCCCGCGAGGAGUUCCGCGCCACCAUCUACAGCAACGUGAUCAAGGGUGUCCGAGUCCUCGUGGACGCCCGAGAGAAGCUCCACAUCCCUUGGGGAGAUCCUGCCAACCAGAGCAACGGCGACAAGGUGAUGGCUUUCGACACGCGCGCGGUCACCGUGGCGCAGGGCAUGGUGGAGACCGGCGUGUUUUUGGACUACCUGCCAGCCAUCCGAGCCCUGUGGGCAGACAGUGGCAUCCAGCACGCCUACGACAGGCGCAGGGAGUUCCAGCUGGGGGAAUCUGUAAAGUAUUUCUUGGACAACUUGGAUAAACUUGGAGAACAAGAUUACCUUCCCUCACAGCAAGACAUCCUGCUGGCACGAAGGCCCACCAAAGGGAUUCACGAGUACGACUUUGAAAUCAAAAAUGUCCCUUUCAAGAUGGUCGAUGUGGGCGGCCAGAGGUCGGAGCGGAAGCGGUGGUUCGAGUGCUUCGACAGCGUCACAUCAAUAUUGUUCCUCGUGUCCUCCAGUGAAUUUGACCAAGUGCUCAUGGAGGACAGGCAGACGAAUCGCCUCACGGAGUCCCUGAACAUUUUUGAAACCAUAGUCAACAACCGGGUGUUCAGCAACGUCUCCAUCAUCCUCUUCUUAAACAAGACGGACUUGCUCGAGGAAAAAGUACAGAAAGUCAGCAUCAAAGACUAUUUCCCAGAGUUUGAAGGGGAUCCCCACUGCUUAACAGAUGUCCAGAAAUUCCUGGUGGAUUGUUUUCGCACGAAACGCCGGGACCAGCAGCAGAAGCCCCUGUACCACCACUUCACCACUGCUAUUAACACAGAGAACAUCCGGCUAGUUUUCCGUGACGUUAAGGAUACCAUCCUGCACGACAACCUCAAGCAGCUGAUGUUACAGUGAUGUGCAGAAAGACUGGUUUAUUUCAGUAACUCUUGUGUGUUGUUUUUUAACUAGAAGUUUACAGCAGGAGUAGAGAAAUCCAGAUCCUGUCAGACUUCUUGAUAUGUGGCUAAAAGCUGCUGCUGAACACAUUAUUGCCAAUUUCUGCAGAAAUUCAGGCUUAAUCUCUUCCAGUGUAGCUUCAAGUUGACUCAAGUUGUAAUUUUAUAGCAGACCUAUGUCUAAGUUACCUGUAAAGUGGUAAAUUUGACCUUUUACCAACAUGUGUAUUAUCCUAGAAAAUCCAGAAUUCCAAGUCGAAACGUCAAUGAAAUUGUUGCAAUUAUUAGACUGUGGCAGUAAUUUAAGGCGGUGGGGGAGAGAGAGAAAGAAACUUCUCACAUCUGACUUCAUUGUGAAGACUGUGAUACCAUAGCUGACUUAUGAUUUCUCAGGUCUGUUUUUGGUUAGAAAUCCCAUCAGAUCCCUUGCUGGAAUCAUCUCUUUGUAGCACCUUCCUGGGUGUGACGUACUUCCUGCUUAAGUAUAAAUCAUGGCAUUGGGUUGGAAUAGGAGAUGCUUCAAAAAGAUGGGAAAUGAGGAGUUUCAGACAUGUCUGUCAGGAAGUGCUGAGUCCAGUGACGGGGGAUUCAUGGUUGGCACAGUGCACGGAUUCGCUCCAGAGGCGUCCCCACGUCCUGGAGCCAUGGCAAAGCACAGAGCACUCUGAUCAAUCCUCUCGGCAUUCUGGUGUGGGAAGGGGGGAGCAAGCCCAGCUUGCGUUUUUUAUCUUCACCGAGCAGAUGUUACCUGCAGGUAGCAGAUGUUACCUGUGGCUCACCUGUUCUGGAAGCGCUUUAACUUGGCACUGGUUUAUUUGAACUCCCUGCCUCCUUCCCGGGUGCCUCCUCUGAGUCAGGAGCAUUUGCUGAUGGAGAGAAGGACUUGCAAACCUAAGUGCCUCCUUGCGUUCUGUCCUCCUCUGGCAUUUUCAGUGGCCUUAUGAGUUCCCAGCAGAGGCCUUGUGUAGCUGACACCGUGCAGAUGAAUGUUUUCUUCUGAAAAAAUUGAAGACCUUGUCCCAGCAGAAUGUGCUUCAGCUGAUGAGGUUCUUUCUGAGACUUCCCAGUUGGGUCUAAGCAAUCCUAAGUGUACUUGAGCCAAAUAUGUUGCACAGCAUCUUCCAGAGUGCUGCUUGUGACUAUUUUACCCAAAGUCCUUUUGCAGUUUUGUUGAAUUUUUCAUGGGGAGUUGUCAGCAUCGCCGUGUGAUUAAAAGAAGAAAUUAUAACAAUAAUAAUGAAAAAUAGUAAAAAUAAAGCAAUCCUGAGGUACCCCACGGCACACUGCAGAAAGAGUGAGGUUGUGAUAUAAAAAUCAGUGUCCCUGCCACGUUUCCCCCAGGCUACAGUGGUGUGGGCAGUUCAGCUGCCACUUUGCCCCUUGGAAUUGGCCAAUUCCUGUGGAUCGUGCUGGUGGCCAAUCCUUGAAUACUUCUUUAUUCUCAUCCCACGAGCCAGGGGUGACACGGUGGCGUCACUGCUGGGAGCAGUGGCCCUGCCAGGACAUAGGAAAGCUGCCUGUCUCCUGGACUUAGCCUUUACUUACUGUGAUUGUAAGUUGUAUUAACAUCUCUGUACCUCGUUCUCCUGGCGGUAGAAGGGGAAUAUUGUAUUUUUAUUUAGCUAGGUGCUUUGAAAGACCUCUAUUUUUUUAAUGUCAUCCAGUGAAUAGUCAUAGGUUAGUCUGUGAUUCUGGCCAUCAGGCACUGUUGGGGGAGGAAAGAAUUCUGAAAAGAGCUUGGGAGAAGUCACAGUGCAGAAUCUAAACGUAAUCCUAAAGUCUGGAUGCAGCACUGAUGUCAGGAGGGUUAAUAGAAUCUUGGAUGGGGAUAUUUAAUGUAGAACUUGCCUCUACUGGACAUGGAUUAUUUCUGAUUUGGUGUGUUCAGAUUAUAUUCAGAGCAAUUCAGGAAGGAGAAUGAAGCAGAGACCUCAGGAAAGGCUGGGGAGGCUCUUUGAAGGACUGAAGAACACACCUGUGGUGGGAGCAGAAGUUCUCCUUUGGGCUAUAAAUGCUCCAAGAACAGACACAAACCUCUGGUGGCCUCCAAGUCCAGUCUUGGAAAGCAGAGAACAAAUUCAUGCCCUUGGUUGUCAACAGGAGGAGGAGUUGGGUUGUUUUUUCCUUUGCUGGCAGUUGUCUGAACAAGUGUCUUUUCACUUCAAUCUGAUUAAAACAGUUGAUCUGGAGAGGUCUGCAGUAGGUGCUUUGGAGGGUGUCAGACCAGAUGAUUGCAGAAAAGACUAAAGACUGGUAGUGGAUGAUAGGGCAAGUACCAGGGAUUUGUCUAAACUAAUUUAUGUGAAGUAUUGAUGACUUUUUUGUCAAUGGAAUCUGUUAAUUUACUGAAGAUCCUUGAAACUGAUGUCAGUCUAAGGAUGUAGGCAGGGUCACCAAGGCACUGGGCACUUCUGACCUUGGCCAAAGUGGGAGAAAUUCCCCAGAACCACCACAAAAAUCCCUGUUCUGAAUCCUUUCAGAUCACUCUCCCUGUGAACCCCAGGGCCUGUCAGAGAGCAAGGGGGACCCCAGUGCUGGGUCACUUGUAGGCCCUGGGAGAUAAAGCACUCUAUGAAUCUCAGGCAGAAAUGAAUUGUUUCAAUGAAAUAACUGAGUCCAAUCACUCGGGUUUCCCACUCCCAGUGCGUGAGAGGGGUGAGGCAGCGCCCCUGGAUGUUCCUGUUUACAUGGUUCCUGUGUUCCCUGCAGCCAAAAACCCCCAAUCAACCCCCUUGUCCAUCUUCAGGCUCACUCCUCAUGCCCUCCCUGAGCGGAGCACACCUUGGGCUGUUGUAUUUCCUGUUAGAUUUGUUCCUGCAUGUCAUUUGUUCAUAGCAGGACACAAAUCUGGUGCAAGAGCUGAAGGGUCGAUGCUCUGGACAGGCUGAGCUUUGUCCUGAAAGAAGCAGAAUUACAGUUUGCUGCUGAGAGUGGAGCUUCCUCAUGGAAACCAGUCUGUGGUACAAGGUUGGGAUGGAUUCCUAGUGAAGGUGGGAAAGCAGAUAGAAAGUGAAAUGUCCCAGAAAAUCAAGUUUCCCAAAAUUCUUUAGUUCUCUUUGCUGGAGUGAGCUGUGUCCUAAAGAUCACUGACCCUAUGGAGAUAAACCACUGUCCUGUACAAGCUGUACUUGAAGGUGAAAUUGGUGUUUCAGCAACUGUUCCCUGCUGCAGAGUGUUCAGCUGAGAUGAUUGAUACCUAAAAACUGUGGCUGUUCAUCAGGGCUUUAAAAAUGUUACUCUUUUAUAUAUAUAUAUUGUACAUGGGAGCUUAAGCCAUCAGUUUGUGUGAAACUUCAGCUUUCUCUAGAAUAACUGCUCUUAAAAAAAAAAAAAGUCAAGUUGAUCUCAAAGGCUGUUUACGGGGCUUGUUUGUGAGCAGCUUUACAUUCAGCAUUAUCCAGCAGAGUGGUGGGGUGGCUGGGGGGUCCUGGUGGAUCCCAGCCCGAGCUGUCCCCCGUGCCCAGAGCCCCUGGCAGUUCCUCCUGCAGCACGGUUGCAGAAGUUCAUUUUCAUUUUCCAGCGCCACUCCCGUUCCACACCCUGGGGAAGUCUCCUGCAAAUGGUUCACCAGUUCACUUUACAGGUCUUGUCUCUCUGAUGGUACCAUUAAUGUAGUUUUUAAUUACACAGCAUUGCAAUACAGUGCCAUUUUGCAAUUUCUUUGCGUUGUACUUGAAAAUAAGUUGAAUUGCAGACUAUUUAAAACUGCUUUCCUGCGCUUUCAGUAGCAGUGAGAGCUUACCUUAUGUGAAGCCUUUAUGUAAAAAUAUAUUUUAUAACAACCUCAUAGAUCUUUAACAAAACCAAGAUUUGUAUUAGCUUUGUAUAAAUGUUUGUGGCUUACAAUUUUAUAUGUUUAACUUUUUAUAAACUUUCCAGGGACUACUUUUUAUUGUAAAUUUUUUUUUUCUCUCCUUGCUUUAGUUUAAGAUUGGCAAUAAAUUAUUUCUAAGGGAGGUCUUAGAAGAAAAAGCAUCACUUCUUUUUUAUAAAACGGUUAAAUCAAUUCACAGUUUCAAACCUUUACUCUUGCUUGUACAUUGCUCUGUACAUACUCUCCAAAAGUGUUGCCUUUCAGCUAUUAAUAUUUGCCUUGUGUACAAAAGUACUGACGAUGAAUAAACGUAUGCAGCCUCA